AUUUGGAUUCCACUGUUUAAUUGGCACUGUUUAACUGGACUCGAUCGACUUCAGUCAGACUCCUAAAUACCAUCUUGCACGUACAUUUACUUUUGGUGUGACUCCGAAAUACAUGUGCCAUAUCUUGUAGGUACCAGUGCGAGCGACUGUUGGUUGAAAGCCAAUUUCAAGUAUGGACAGGGAUAGUUGAGAUAAUCGACUGCUGAGAUAUACUGAUUUGCUGCCGAGCUUCGUUUGAAGAAAAAAACCAAAGAGUCGAAUUCUUCAUGAAUGACCAAGACCCAAAUCGGAUCGGACCUUAACACUGACCAAAAUGGCAGCGUUUGACUCAUCCAAACACGACUUUGACCUUGAUAUCGUCAUCGAAGCCUUGGAUAGUUGUCACAAAGAUGGCGAUGUCCUUGAUCUUACACAGUAUCUGUCGGCAUAUCAUGAACUCUGCAGGUUCUUCAGAUUGACCGGUCGUCUUUUCGGAUAUGUAGGGAAAGACCUUGAAGGAAAAAUACGAAUUAUUGAAGUUCACCAGUCUUCGAGUGAAGGUGGUCACUAUAAAACUAUCCAGGGAAUGCUUGAUUACGAAUUUGAAAACGAACUGGCAUUAAAAAAGUCACUGGGUCCCAAAAACAUAGCAUCGGGAUCCCGCACACUACUUCGCCUACACCGGGCUUUGGAAUUCAUCUUAGAAUUCAUGCGCAGGAUCGAAAAAGGUUCCGAUGACGACAGAAUGUCGGACGUUGCCUGGGAUGUAUAUAUGGAGACUUUAGCCAAUCACCAUCCAUGGAUUGUACAAAAGGUGGCUGCCAUUGGUGUGUAUAUGUUGCCUAGCAGACGAAAGUUAAUCUCAUCGAUGUGCAAACAGGAACCGGAAACAGUUUUAUCACUCGUCGGGAAAGUGAUUGAGAAAGGCACACCCAUUUACGACAUUACACAAAAACUAUACCGCGACAAGAAUUUAUUAAAUAUCCCAUAACACUUGUGAAAUAAUUUUUGGCAUAAAUUUACUGACGUUGUGAACAUAGUAGCCCUGGAUGACAACGCUCGUAUAGUGCCCCGUGUAGUCAUGGAUCAGUGCCCUUCAACCCAGUAGGAUGAAUUGUAAAAUUUAGGAAAGUAGUAGAUUACUAACCUGCCCCGCCCAUCCAGCCGCUGCUUAACAAUACUUACGGUCCUAGGACACCUCACUGUUAAAAUCCCGAGAUGUCGAUCAUUCCAAAGGUAAAUAUGCAACCAUAUUUACUUAGUCUAACUCUCCUCUGACUUCUAACUUACGAAAUGGUUUUAGUCCCCUUGACUAGAUGGUACAAAUAAAUAGCGCAUCAGGGAACCAAACUAGAGCACAUGUUAUUGCUUUGACAUGAGUGACCUCCAUAAAUGAGGCCACUACGGGUCAGCCGUUUCGUAUCCAGUUGCCUGGCCGCGCAUGCAUGCCGUGUAGAUGGCGGCCAUUUUGUAAAUGAGAAGUCAGCGGAAAUGGGGAUUUUAAUAAAUAUGGAUGGAUAUUUACCUUUGGGAUAAUCAACAUCUACGCUGCCCUAAGCAUUGUAAAGGAGUGGCCGGGGGCGGGGAGGUGGGUAGGAUAUUAAUCUAAUAUUUUCCGUUAUUUUACAAUUCAUCCUACCGGGCUGAAGGGGACUGGUAUCGGUCUUGAACACGUAUUUGUAAGUUAACUCUGUUAACGAAAAGGACGUGACGUUCUGACGGAUUUCUGCGUUCGGCUAGUGAUGUCAGUGAAUGCCAUUAUAAACAAGCAUUCUUUUUUAUAAUGUAUGUGAGUAUGCUGGAACCAUAUGUGUAUAGUUUAAACACAUAUGUCAGAGUUAACCGUCGAUUAACCGCCUGUUGAAGAUUAAAAAAUGCCGACUGUGGAGUACCUUUAUCUGGAUACAGAUAUACAUUUUAAGCUUGUCCCGCAAGGAUGGUUUUAUGGUCAAAGGUGAUUUUGAUGCAGAGAUAAGCAUCUGGGCUAGCAAAGCGGAACACUCACAGCCAAGACAGUGUGUAGCUACAGUGACCAUUUCUAUACCGAUUCCUGAAAAGAUGUCUUCUGUUGGUUUGGUAAGUUUGAUACUUGAACCUGUUAGACUGUCACAUCAGCGAACUUUCUGCCCACGAAACAAUUAUUUAUUACAUGAAUGUACUCAUUUAAACUGCUGUUCUUUCAUGAGUUUGCGAAUCUAAACAUGUACGAUUAUUCCCUCUGAGUACGAGUUUUGUGACCUUGACAUUUAAGCUUACGAAACUCGCAGUGGAUACCUUUUGACUUCUCCCAGCGAACAAUCUGUAAUCUGCCAAGUGAUAUAAUCUUUAUCCACGAGUGGGGUGUGAAGUAAAAUCAGUUAGCCUAUCAGAAUGGGAAUAUUUAUUCGCAAACUAUUGACGGUUAUACCAGAGGUUCUAGAGAGAUAACAACUGGAAGUUGUUGCUAAUGGGAUGCAUUUUCCUGCCUUACGUGGAAUCGGGUCCUAGCUGGAUUACCCAUUUGUUCUCUUGUAACACAUGAGUAGUAAAUAUUUAUUUAUUUAUUUAUUUGAUUGAUGUUUUACGCCGUACUCAAGAAUAUUUCACUUAUACGACGGCGGCCAGCAUUAUGGUGGGAGGAAACUGGGCAGAGCCCGGGGGAAACCCACGACCAUCCGUAGGUUGCUGAAAGACCUUUUCACGCGAGUAGUAAGUAACGUUUACCCCCGAUGAAGUCAUCACAAAUGCACGAACGAAGAAUAGACUACACAGCUUGGACCCGUAUUACUUUAGUCAGAAAACUCUCCAAAGAGUAAUCUGUUAAAUUUAAUUUUAAAAAGUCUGCUGUUUGAGUAAUACUAGAAUUAUUUGAAUAAGACUUUCAGGAAACUAUGUUGAAUAUGACAUAUAUAACAAAAUAUAUAUCGUGACAUCACUCAGACAGAUUUUCUGUUUAAUUAACAGAUUAAAUUUUUGAGUGAAGCUUCACCAUUCUUUGGGCACAACUGGUGUCUGCAAAAAUCAUAUCUCGGUCAGAGUGUGUGAAAGAGAAUACAUGUAUUUCGAUAUUUAUUGCGGGUGUAAAAACCAUUGCUUGCUCAACCCGUGGUUAUACUUUUACAUCAUACUAGUAGAUUUAUAUAACCUAUAUAGUUUUUUAAAGAGGAAAUUAUUGCUGAUUACAGAUGAUAUUUUACACCUGCUGAUAUAUUAAUGAUACUUUUGAAGAGACAUCUUUUGCUCACACUACACAGGAUCAGAUCUGUGUCUUUUACAUUAUUUUCUUGACCAAAAACAUACUCGGUGAUAUAAUCCACACAGACCUCACACCUGAUAUUUGUAUAUUGUCACUCAUGUUACCACUUUU